AGUCUAUCACGGAGUCACCGUGAAAAACAACAUCCGCAAAAUGCCGAAUAAAACUAAAAAAGAAAAGGAGCCAACUAAAUCUGCAAAAAGCAGCACAAAAAACAAUACGGUCAGCGGUGGAAAGGAUACCGGAACUGAAAACUCAGAUGAGGCGCAGCAGCAAACAGCCAGCAAACGUCCUAGCAACAGUACGCCACCUCCAACUCAGCUCAACAAAAUCAAGUAUUCAGGAGGGCCCCAGAUCGUCAAGAAGGAGAGACGCCAGAGCUCGUCCCGAUUCAACCUCAGCAAGAACCGCGAACUGCAGAAACUUCCAGCCCUCAAAGAUGCCCCGCCAAUGGAACGGGAGGAAUUGUUUGUUCAGAAGCUGCGUCAGUGCUGUGUGCUUUUCGACUUUGUUACGGACCCUCUCAGCGAUCUCAAAUACAAGGAGGUGAAACGAGCCGGCCUCAAUGAGAUGGUGGAGUACAUCACGCACAACCGCGACGUAGUUACCGAAUCCAUCUACCCCGAGGCUGUCAUCAUGUUUUCGGUGAACCUCUUCAGGACUCUGCCUCCUUCGUCCAAUCCCACCGGGGCAGAGUUUGAUCCAGAGGAGGAUGAGCCUACACUAGAAGCAGCCUGGCCUCAUCUACAGCUGGUAUACGAGUUCUUCUUACGUUUCUUGGAGUCACCUGACUUCCAGCCUAAUAUCGCCAAAAAAUACAUCGACCAAAAGUUUGUACUGUCUCUUCUGGAGCUGUUUGACAGUGAAGACCCGAGAGAGAGAGACUUCCUGAAGACCAUUCUUCACCGGAUCUACGGGAAGUUCCUGGGCCUCAGGGCGUACAUCCGUCGGCAGAUCAACAACAUAUUCUACAGGUUUAUUUACGAGACCGAACACCAUAACGGCAUCGCUGAGCUCUUAGAGAUCUUAGGAAGCAUAAUUAAUGGCUUUGCCCUGCCACUGAAAGAGGAGCACAAAAUGUUCCUGAUCCGAGUGUUACUGCCGCUGCACAAAGUGAAGUCCCUUAGCGUCUACCAUCCACAGCUGGCGUACUGUGUCGUACAGUUCUUAGAAAAAGACAGCAGCCUUACCGAGCCAGUCAUCACGGGUCUGCUGAAGUUCUGGCCUAAGACCCACAGCCCAAAGGAGGUGAUGUUCCUUAACGAACUGGAGGAGAUCCUGGAUGUCAUAGAGCCUUCUGAGUUUGUCAAGAUCAUGGAACCUCUCUUCAGACAACUGGCUAAGUGUGUCUCCAGUCCACACUUUCAGGUGGCUGAACGGGCUCUGUACUACUGGAACAAUGAGUACAUCAUGAGUCUGAUCAGCGACAAUGCAGCCAAGAUCCUCCCGAUCAUGUUUCCUGCUCUCUACAAGAACUCUAAGAGCCACUGGAACAAGACGAUCCACGGGCUGAUCUAUAACGCUCUUAAGCUCUUCAUGGAGAUGAACCAGAAGCUGUUUGAUGACUGCACCCAGCAGUACAAAGCUGAGAAGCAGAAAGAGAAGUACAAACUGAAGGAGCGAGAAGAGAUCUGGCAUAAAAUAGAGGAGCUAGCGAGACAGAAUCCCCAGAUUACGAAGGUCCACCCUCAUCUCCGACCCAGUGUCCCCCAAGAUGAGUAUAUGGUAUAUAAUGAGAGUUCAGGAGGGAUGGCCCUGUAUUCAAUGGAGACGGAGACCCCCACAGCUGAGGAUAUCCAACUGCUGAAAAAGACUGUGGAGACAGAGGCUUCACAAGGGAUGAAGGACAUAAAGAAAGACAAGGUGUUGAUGAGGCGAAAGUCUGAGCUACCGCAGGAUGUGUACACUAUAAAGGCCCUGGAGGCCCACAAGCGGGCGGAGGAGUACCUGACGGCCAAUCAGGAAGCCCUCUGACCGGGGAGCACCGUCACUCUCUCCACCUUCACACCUAAAGUCUCCUCCUUCUCGUCUACGUCCCAAAACGUUGCCUGCUGUAAAACCCCACCCUCUUCCUCCUCCUCCUCCUCCAUGUCCUCCUUUCCUCCUCCCUCUCUGCCUUUUCUUCUCCUAAACCUCUUUUCCUCCCUUAGUCCCUCUGGAGAGCCCUGUCUGCAGAAACCUGGCCAACACAGAGAGCAGGAAAAAAAAAAAAAAAAAAAGCUCCUACUCGCUGUCUUUCUUCCUUCAUACCCACACACACACAUGCACCCGUUUGUUUAAGAAGAGGUGCUUCAGUGAUGGUCAAGCUAAGCUGGGGCAACCUAUUGGCUGCUUAACCACAAUACGAACGUCACAAAACUAAAGGUUUACACUU